AUGGCUUCAAACUUGUACGAAACACUGGGGGUUGCCCGAAAUGCCUCACCAGAACAAAUUCGUAAGGCUUACAGGAAGAUGGCCUUGCAGACCCACCCUGAUCGACUCUCGCCUAACGCCACACUGGACGACAAAGCAGCAUCAGAGGAACGGUUCAGACAGGUCAACAACGCCUAUGAAGUGCUCAUAGACGAAGAGACCCGCAAGGUUUAUGAUCGUGAAGGUGUUUGGCCGCCCCCCGAGCCGGAAUACGAGGAAAUACCCCGUAGGAGUGGUCCAAGACGCCACUCAUCCCAGCAUCACUUCAGGACGUCGCCAAUGGGCGCCUUCCCCGGUCCCUUUGACGGGCCCUUCUUCCCCCGACCUUUCGGCUUCACCGACCCCUUCGUACUCUUUGAGUCCGUCUUCGGCGACCUGCGGCACGAAUUCGGCAUGCCACAUGACUCAAAUCCUUACGAGCACAGAUAUGAACCCGAUAAUCCUUUCGAACGGAUGAACAGAAUGCAUAGGCACGUUAUGUCGCAGAUGGACAUGUUCUCUGGGUUCAUGGGGCCCCAAUCAUUUGGCAUGCCGGACAACAACUCGAGAUGGGCUUCAGAGAGCCAUGUGGUCUCAAGUGUAAAUGGUGUUAUGCAGAGCGUACACAAACGACGAGAUUGGGAGGGGAACGUCCAUGUUACGCGAACCCUCCCUGAUGGAAGGGAAACAUACACUAUUAACGGAAUAGAACAACCUUCACAAAACCUGACCUACGACCGUGAUCAACACUCGGCCCCUCCCCAAGUUACUCAUAUCCAGUCCACCGGGGGCAGCCACUACCCGCAGAACAAUUCACUGUACCCUAGCCACCGCGACGCCCAUGGCAUUCAUCGACGUCACUCCCAUUCCCAUUCCCACUCGCACUCACCCUCACACUUGUCAAGACACCGUGACCACCACCCCUCUGAUUCACAUCCCGUCAUCCCAGGUAUCUAUCCGGAUCCUGCAAAUGCCCCAGUAAUCCCCGGGCCGUACGAUAGACCGCCAAAUGAAGACCAUGUUCACCGGAAGAGAUGGUGGCGUGGUCACUAG